UGAAACUCUGUCUUGUUUAAAUUAUAGACCAAAUACAUCAGUGAUUAUUCAACAAUAUGUAGCAUAUUGUUUUGUGCUACACUAUGGAAUGAAGGUUAUGCCGAACCCAAACUUCCAUGGCAUGGUACCACAUGUGGAAAUGGCAAGAUGUGUCAAUCAGGGCAUUGCGUCGAAUCUCCCCUAGCACCUCCAGUCGACGAUGAAGCGUGUCCAUUUGGAGAUACCCCUUACAUUGUUCCGUACAAGAAAUUGAGUUGUUCCGAUCUUCUUGGAUCUCCUGCAACAACUUACAAUUGUUACAUUGAAUCGACCAGGCAACACUGCUGUGCUACUUGUGAAGCUAUAAAGAAAUCUAACACGGCGUAUAAAGAUUGUGACUAUGGAGAUAAAAAGUCAACUUGUGUAGGAAUGUCAUUACAACUGUGUCGAAAUAACUUUGAAGUUUGCUGUAAAACAUGCCAAGAUAUACGAUUAGAUAUUCCAGGUUGUCCUUGGGGUGAUGAAUAUACUGACUGUACUCAGAGUCAUUGCACCAAUGAUUUUUCGAAAUGUUGCCAAACCUGUGCCGCAACUAAUACAGCUUUAACGACAGCCGCUACUUCGACCAGUAAACCUUUACCGACAGCCGCUACUUGUACCAAAGCGACAGACUCUCCUUCAGCAACGGGAACUGAUACUACUACCACGACCAGUGAGCCUGUCGCAAGAAUUUCUACAACAAAUACACUCAUUAUAUUGAAUUUCAUCAUUCAUCAUGUAAUUAUAGGCUUAUUCAUUGGUAUCUGAACAUUAUCUAU